AAAUCUUGACACAGAGGUUGCCAUAACUUGCUGGGAUUAAUACCAAGUUUCAACCUCAUUUCUGCCAUAAUAUCUACAUCUGAAACACAUGGCAUUGUCAGGAACACCACAUUUUUCUUUUCUUUUCUCUUCUUCUUCGUCUUCUUCUUUCUUUCAUUUAUCCGCUUAAAUUUUCGUUAUCUAAGAGGGUUAUAUUCUCUUAAAAUCAGCACCAUCGGAUUCCCUUCCCUGACCAUAUUUCUAGCGUCGACGUACUUUUCCUCCUAUUUCCGAAACACUCCCCCUUCACCGCUAACAUGAGUCCAAGUUUCUUUCGCGGUCGCCCUCUGAACAUUGUCGUUGUGCAACAGCAAGCUGUUUUUACACUGGCUUUUCUGCUUUGCCAUUGCUUGCUCCAGGUCCAAUGGGGCCACAUUAAGUGCCAGUCGGACCGUUGCGGACUGGUUGUGUUUAUUUCUUCCCCAGUGGUGUUCUUCGUCUCUGUCGUCUCGUCGUGCUAGAUUCGCAUUUUAAGAUGGUACAGCUUGGUUGGAGUAUAGUUGAGUUAUUCAUCCCGCCCUUCACUGCUCUCGUUGCAUCUGACUCCUUUGCGAAGCACUGUGAAUCAGUAAGACCAUUGUGAGGUGGUUGUGAUAUGUGUUGACUCUUGAAGAAGAGUGGUACCGUCGCCAUUGUGUUCUUAGCUUUUCUGCCACCCAUUGGGAGGUCUGUUUGUUUCCAAUAUACCAGAUUAUGAUGCUGUCUUAACGUUUCUACCUAUUGAAACUAUUUUGUAAAUUUAGGAGUAUCUUCCGCCCCUCAUAAGCUGUGAUUUCAAGGUCUUUUCAGCUGUGAAAUUAUUGACAGGCUUUCAACUUCGAUGAGUUGUCGCCGGAGUAUUGUUUUCACGAAGUUCCACCGCAUUCGUGCAUUGAUUCAAUACUUUUACGGUCGCCGUUGAUGACCCCAACUUCUGCCGUUUAAUAGAGCACAGCUAGCGCGCUGGGAAGAGCUAACUAGUACCAUACUGACGACACGAAGGGCACUUGAUAAGGAGUUCAGUGAGUCCACGAUUACCGCAGUGGGCUUAGUCUCACAUGUGCCUGUCCAGUACGUUGCGCUGAGAGGUUGCCGCUGAAGGAUAUUUGUAUUAAGAUGCCUUGGGCCAAGUGCCCUUGUGUGAAACUGAAUCACCUCACCGUGGUGCUGCUGUGUCUAGUGUACUCUACUCUGACAGUUGCUCAUUCUAUUGGAGCUGUUUAUGGGCGCAAUGGCAACAACAUUCCCAGCGCUAGCGCCGCAGCCGCACUCAUGCAGGAAAACACAAUAACACGGGUUAGAAUUUACGACCAUGACAAAGAUGUCUUGAAAGCUUUUGCGAGCACGCAAGUCAGGGUGAUCAUCGCCGUCACGAACGACGAGAUUUCGGACAUAGCCUCAGGGUCAUCCGGCGCGGAUGCUUGGGUGAGUAAGAAUAUCAGCCCCUACAUCCAGAACACAAAUAUCAACGCCAUUGCCGUAGGCAACGAGGUCCUGAUAAGCAAUCCAAGUCUCGCGGCCAUGCUUGUCCCUGCUAUGCACAACCUUCACGAUGCCCUCAUGAAGCAAGGGUAUAACUCCGUGAAGGUAUCGGCCCCGCACGGCUUGGGGAUCUUGGAGAUAUCUUAUCCCCCCUCGGCUGGCAUCUUCUUCGACAGCCUCCAGGGUGUUUUGCAACCCAUGCUAGACUUCCUGGAUUCCACUGGCUCAUUUUUCAUGCUAAAUGUGUAUCCCUACUACUUGUAUGUAAACAAUGUCAACAGCAUUUCAUUGGAUUACGCUUUGUUCAGUACCGACAAACCGGUGGUAGACGGCACAACAUCCUUGCAGUACUUCAGCUUAUACGAUGCACAAGUGGAUGCAGUUGUGUCCGCCAUGGCGAAGCUCAAUCACAGCACUCUUGGUAUCGUGGUUACUGAGACAGGAUGGCCUUCUGAUGGUGACCCCACGAACGAGCCCGCAGCCAAUUACUACAAUGCAAAGAUUUACAACCAAAAUCUCGUAAUUAGGUCUAUGAACAAUUCCGGAACGCCGUUGCGACCCGGCACAGAAAUUCCAGCAUACAUUGCCUCGCUCUACGAUGAGAAUCUUCGCUAUUCUCCGCCUGUCUCGAAUACACAUUGGGGCUUGUUUUACACCAAUGGAAGCAGUAAGUAUGACUUCGAUUACAUUACUGGCUUCUCGACCCGUGGAGGAGGUGGGGGAUCGGGAGGUGGUGGAGGAGGAUCAGGAGGUGGUGGAGGAGGAUCCGGAGGUGGUGGAGGAGGAUCCGGAGGUGGUGGAGGAGGAUCAGGAGGUGGAGGUUCUCAAACCCCAGGCACAUCCCCACGCUCGAGUUCUGAAAAGGUGUGGUGUGUAGCAAAGGCCGGGUCAUCCAACAGUAGUUUGCAACAGGGCCUGGAUUGGGCAUGCGGAGUAGGCAAAGCGAAAUGUGACCCUAUCCAACCGGGAGGCGCUUGCUAUCUUCCCAACACCCUUGUUUCGCACGCCUCCUACGUCUUCAAUAUUCACUACCAUUUCUUUCAAAGCGACCAACGAGCUUGCAUCUUCGGUGGGGAUGCAGAGUUAACUAAUGUAGAUCCCAGUUAUGGGUCAUGCAUAUACGUAGCAAGCUCCUCUGCUGGUAGGAAGGAUUUCAGGUCAACAUGGAGGAUCCUGCCAUUCUUCGCAGCUACUGUGUUGUCGUUACACUUGACCCUUUGAGGAACACUUCAUCAAUUAUUAACCUGAUCGUGUCGCACCUCCUCGACUCCACAUUGUAUUCUUAGCCUUCUCAGAUCCAUCUUUGAUAGGGUUGAACUCGCAGGGUGUAAUUGCGUCAGAGUUGCAUGGCAAUCAACCUCCUAUUGCGGUCAUGCUAUUACGUUACACGUAGAUGUACAGCCUAGUGUACAAGUGAAUUGAUCAACUUCUCUUCCAAGUGGGGAAGUUGAGAGACUUGAGGAGCUUGGGAUUUUCAACCCGAACAUUCUUCUUAGAUCUGACAGAGAUAAACUGUGACCCUGAAUCCUUGAAUGUAUGCUAAGAGCAAUAUGUUUCAUUUCUCUGUGUCUAAUAGCACGGCAUAAAACUCGAUUUCAUCUCUUUCCAAUUA